UUCCUUUCACGGAAUAUUAUGUUUGAACUGUUUGAUUUAAUUCUACGCAAUACCCGCCCAGUUGAUUUGUAAUAUAAUUAUAAAGCAGAAUAGAAUGCCUAUACAAAGUUGUUUAAUUGAUAAAAUGUUGCAAGAGCUAAAAAGAAGCCGCACAUCCAUGGAAAUUCAGUCGCAAAAUAUGACCGACGUCCUGGAUAAGUCCAAUAGUGCAUUACUACAAAUAGAAGCAUCGCGCACAAUUAAACAUGUUCAAAAUUGUAAGGAGACCCAGCCGUUCACCUACAACAAGGAAACUAUUAAUGAUUUAACGAAAGUAGUUGAUAAAUUCUCGCAAUUGCUUAAUAUAUCAGCAGAAAGUGGUAAUUCUGCUGACGCCGGCACAAACUUUGAAGAUUAUUUGGAAACAGCCUGUCAACGGGCAGAAUAUCUGGGCAGUAAUGUUCGAAGAUUAUUGGCCAUUUGGGACACUGUGCAACAGAUGAGAACAUUGUUGUUACAACAGGAUAUGGAGUUGGACAACGAUAAUGAGGACGAAGAAAAAGAAAAUAAUUACGGUUGAAGCGCAUAAUUUAUUUUUUACACAUUUAAGUUAAAUGAGUUAACAGAAAUUAAACAAUGAGAAAGUAUGUCAAUAACAUUAUCUAAUCUUUGUGAAUUAUUAAAUAUUGGGUUAUUUUGUUGGCAAAAUAAUCCAUGAUUUGUUCGUAUAAAAUUUAAAUCA